UUCUCGUCUCUGAGAGUCUCGGCUGCUGAGGAUGGACGCUCGGAUCUUCACCCUGCACGUCCUGACGCUCUGCUGCCUCAUACACGGCUCUCUGCAGGGCGUGUAUCAGCGGCGCCUCUACAAGGAGCUGAUGAAGAACUACAACCCGUUAGAGCGACCGGUCAGCAACGACUCCCACAGCCUGACGGUCAACUUCAGCUUCAGCCUGCUGCAGAUCAUGGACGUGGACGAGAAGAAUCAGGUGCUGACCACCAACAUCUGGCUGCAGCUGUACUGGACAGAUUUCUACCUGCAGUGGAACACGUCCGACUAUCCUGGUGUGACCAACGUCAGAUUCCCCGACAACCAGAUCUGGAGGCCGGACAUCCUGCUGUACAACAGUGCUGAUGAAAGGUUCGACGCCUCAUUCCACACCAACAUCCUGGUCAACUCCUCUGGAUACUGUCAGUACCUGCCACCAGGGAUAUUUAAAAGCACGUGUUACAUCGACGUCCGCUGGUUUCCCUUCGACGUGCAGCGCUGCGACCUGAAGUUCGGCUCGUGGACGUACGGCGGCUGGUCUCUGGACCUGCAGAUGAUCGAGGCGGACAUCACCGGAUACAUCGCCAACGGAGAAUGGGACCUCGUGGAGGUUCCUGGCCGCAGAAACGAGCGUUUCUACGACUGCUGCAAAGAGCCGUACCCAGACGUGACCUUCACCGUGGUGAUGAGGAGGAGAACACUCUACUACGGACUCAACCUCCUCAUCCCCUGCGUCCUCAUCUCCACCCUCGCUCUCCUCGUCUUCCUGCUGCCCGCCGACUCUGGAGAGAAGAUCUCCCUGGGUAUCACCGUGCUGCUCUCUCUGACCGUCUUCAUGCUGCUGGUGGCUGAGAUCAUGCCGGCGACAUCUGACUCAGUUCCCCUCAUAGCUCAGUACUUUGCCACCACCAUGGUGAUCGUGGGUCUGUCCGUCAUCGCUACAGUUCUGGUUCUGCAGUAUCAUCACCACGACCCCGACGGAGGACACAUGCCUCAGUGGACUCGGGUGAUUCUGUUGAACUGGUGCGCCUGGUUCUUGAGAAUGCGGCGUCCGGGCGAGGCGAAGGUCCGCCUGGCGUGUCAAAAUGCCUCGAAGCGUCAGCGCAGCAGUCUGUCCAGCCUGGAGCUGAGCGUCAGUCAGGGCUCUCUGCGACAUCAACCGCCCGUAACCAACGGCAACCUGCUGUAUGUGGGCUUCAGGGGGAUGGAAGGGCUUCACUACACCUCCUCUGCUGAACCCGAGCUCCUCUGCUCUCGGCUGAUGGGAGGCGGCGUGGGCGCGGAGGAGGACAUGCUGAGAGCAGGGGGCGGAGCCGGAGGAAGGGGAGGGGGAGGGGUUAUAGGGGGCUUGACCGUGGAAGCGGAGCUGAACCUGAUCCUGGAGGAGGUGAGGUACAUUGCCCGGCGUUUCCGCGGACAGGACGAGGAGGAGACGCUGUGCAACGAGUGGAAGUUUGCUGCGGCGGUGAUCGACCGGCUGUGUCUGGUGGCAUUCUCGCUCUUCACCAUCCUCUGCACCAUCGGCAUCCUCAUGUCCGCUCCAAACUUUGUGGAGGCCAUUUCUAAAGAUUUCUUCAGCUGAGGAGGAGGAGGAGGAGAGCUGACCGACCGAUCCUGAUGUCUUUUGUUUUCUACUCUAAUAACGUACAGACCCAAACCAGCAACCUGAACGUCUGUCCCCCCAAAACCGUCUCGCUCGAAGCCCAAUGGUUCCCACUGAGGACUAUUUAAUGUUUUUUUUUUUAAACUCACUCAUUUCUUUGAUGUAAAACGUGUGACUUGCUUGAAGCCUUCUGAAUCAUAGCUUACAUCUCCUGUGAUUUGUUAGAUUUGUUGUUGUUCUCGUCCAUCUAUGUGUCCGGAAAAGCGACCUCUGGACCUCUUGCCAACCAUCGUCUGUCAUCAUCUGAGAGACCAUAUCUGCCUCUGGGACCGGAUGUUAAAUCUCUCUGAAGCCGGUGGUUGUCGUAAACAGGCCCAUGAGUGUCCUCUCAUCGUUCCUCCUCCACUCUGAUAAUCCGAUGCACACAGCAACGCAGGAGCCUCAUUCGUCGACAGAGUCAGUCACAUAAAUAACUAAAAAUAAACUCUUGGACAUAAAUCAGCAUGAUACAAACUAUCUAUAAUGACAGAAACCAGGUUUGAGGAAGAUUCAUUUGACAUGUAUUUGGAUUUUAAAGUUUGUCCCAUCUGUUAAGAUGGAGGAGGCAGAGCUUGUGAUCUAAAGACCCUUUUAGUUUUAGAAAACCAUGUGAUGUUUUUUGGUGGGCGGAGCUUAGAUGGUGGCAAACCAAUCCUCCAGGCAAGUAAACAUAAAAUAUAAAUAUAAAGAAUGAACUUUGUGUCAUGCAAACGUUCUAAUACCAGGGUUCAUCAGAAGCUGAUCAGAGGUGUCAGCGUUACCUGGAGGAGGCUGGGUUCAUAGUUCAUGGUGUGAGUUUGUUCAG